AUGAGCUACUGGGCUCUCAAAAAUGGGCCUUUUUUGUCCUCCUCAGUUUUGCAACGAGUAGAUUAUUUCUUUUUAUGGGAUCAGGGGCUUGAAUUCCAGAGCUCGGGUCCAUAUAUAGCCCUGGGAUACGAGGUUCCAGUACUAUCCGGAAGUUGUGGUUCGGGGUUUGGUUCUUGGCGCUGA